CUUCUUCUGUGGUAUUAAACUAUGACUGGCGCCUCCAGAAACUACUCCAAGACCUACAAGGUCCCUAAGCGUCCUUUCGAAUCCGCCCGCCUCGAUGCUGAAUUGAAGCUCGUCGGUGAAUACGGUCUCAAGAACAAGAAGGAAGUGUGGCGUGUCGGUUUGACCCUCUCCAAGAUCCGUCGUGCUGCUCGUGAGCUUUUGACCUUGGAUGAAAAGGACCCCCGUCGUCUUUUCGAGGGUAAUGCCUUGAUUCGUCGUCUUGUUCGCAUCGGUGUGUUGGACGAAACCCGCAUGAAGCUCGAUUACGUCUUGGGUCUUAAGAUUGAGGACUUCUUGGAGCGCCGUCUCCAGACUCAGGUCUUCAAGCUCGGUCUUGCCAAGUCCAUUCACCACGCUCGUGUCUUGAUCCGUCAACGUCACAUUCGCGUUGGUAAGCAGAUUGUCAAUGUGCCCUCCUUCAUCGUCCGCUUGGAAUCCCAAAAGCACAUCGAUUUCGCCUUGACCUCUCCCUAUGGUGGCGGUCGUGCUGGUCGUGUUAAGAGAAAGAGAGCCGCUGCUGCUGCCGGUGGCAACGACGAGGAGGAUGAGGAGUAAAUCCUUUCUUUUUGUAAUCCAGUCUUUUCUCAUUAAAAAACAAUGGCCUAGUAAAAAUAUGUGGCUGAAUUUUGUCUACACAUUGUCAACUCUGGAAAUGCCAUGUAAUAUGUUUAUUGAUGGAGAAAAAAGAGGCGAAAGUGGCAUGUCGUAAUUGAUUGAGCUCAGUUUCUUUCAUCUUUUCCACUCUCAAAUUGAUCUUUAAUCUGUUCUUGGAUAUUAUAUUUUAAUGAAUCGAG